CGACACCUCGCAACAGCACCGCCCCGACCGACCUCUGGCGCCGCCGCAGUGCACCCGAGCACACGCAUCGGCGGCAGCGCCACCAGGCGGUACCCGCACCAGCGGAUAGAGCGCGACCUCCCCGAGCUCAAGUCCCGCGCACCCCUGUACCUCUCGAUCGCCCUCAUUUCAGCCGCCGCGUGGGGCCUCUUCCUCGCAUACGCGACCAACGGCGAGCGCGCCAACUCGUCCGUCGUGCGCUCGCUCGCGUUCCAGCUCCGCAGCUGGCCCGCCGUCAAAGAGUUCCUCGGCGACGGCGUCAAGAUUGAGCCCGUCGUCGCCGACUUUGUGCGCAUCAAGGGCUCGAUCAACAUGCUCGCCGGCCGCAUCGACGUCCAGUUCCGAGUGCGCGGCUCCAAGGCCGCCGGCACCGCCUCGUUCACGUCGAUCCGCCGCGGCAAGGACGGCCGGUUCGAGGUCCUGCGCUGGAAAGUGACGCGCGACGACGGGGCCGUCCUCGACUUG